UAUUAAACAGACUUUUUCCACAAAAUCAAUACAGGAAUUCAGUGUCAUACUCGUAAACUUUUUAGAGAUGAAGUAUUUUCCACACUUGUGUCUAUGUUUAAUUUUUUUCGAAUUAUCGGAAGCUGCGAUGUCUGAGGCUCAGUUAAAAGCCGCAGUGAAGCUCGUUAGGAAUAUGUGUCAGCCGAAAAGUAAAGCCACAAAUGAGGAUAUUGAGAAAAUGCAUCAUGGAGACUGGAAUAUCGACCGCACUGCAAUGUGUUACAUGCACUGCGCCCUCAAUUCAAACAAAUUGAUCACAAAAGAAAACGUUUUUAAUCGGGACUAUGCCAUAACUUUGGCCGAGAAAAACUUACCCACGGCACUCAAAACUGCCUCAAUUGAGGCCGCGAAUUUGUGCAAAGACUCCGCCAAAACUCUGGACGACAAGUGUGUCGCUGCGUACGAAAUCUCCAAAUGUUUGUACGAAUCCAAUCCUGAAAAGUACUUUCUCCCCUGAGCAUCAAACAGAAAUUGAAUCAAAAGUGUUCUUUCUAUUGGGCUAACGACUUACAAAAAACUUGGUUGAUACUUAGGCACAGGAAUUGAAAAUAAAUAUACAGUUUUUCAUAGUUAGGGGAACAGCAUUUUAGUUAAAACUAUUUAAUAAAGCCCGAAAAAAGUCAGUGAAAAAUUAAAAAUUUGGAGACGAAAACACAAAUACAGUUUGUUCGUUAUAUCAGGACUCCACUGUAUAUUUUAAUAAAAAAAUGUCUAAUUUAAAAUAAUCGUAUAUUAAUAAAUUUGUGAAUUAAAAAUUUUGUUGAUAUGGUUACAAAACAUGUAGGAACUCUUAAUAAAUCAAUAAUAUGAAUUCGUGGACAUAAAUUUAAAUGUUUAAAUUACUACUAAUUUUAAGUUACGUGUAUAUAUCAUUUUUAUGCAAAAAUACUUGAUUUAAUUUGGGUUAACCAAUAACUGACUAAAGUAUGCGAAGCACAAUAAAGAUCCCAUCAUUCUUAGUCUUA